AUGACCUUAAAUCUUUGCGUACUUACCCCUAAUCGAAUUCUUUGGGAUUCAAAAGUGAAAGAAAUCAUUUUAUCUACUAAUAGCAGGAAAAUUGGCGUAUUUUCAAAUCACGCGCCUAUUGCCGCAACUAUAGAUAUAGGUAUUUUGAGAAUACACCUUAACGACCAAUGGUUAACAAUGGCUCUGAUGGGUGGUUUUGCUAAAAUAGACAAUAAUGAAAUCACUAUUUUAGUAAAUGAUGCGGAGAAGGGUAGUGACAUUGAUCCACAAGAAGCUCAUCAAGCUCUUGAAAUAGCGGAAGCUAACUUGAGGAAAGCUGAAGGCAAGAGGCAAACAAUUGAGGCAAAUCUAGCUCUUAGACAGGCUAGGACACGAGUCGAGGCUAUCAACGCGAUUUCGUAA